GCAGCUGCUGCAGUGAGAGCAGCACGGGACCUGAGACAGGGAGAGAGCUGCUGCUGCCUGCUGUGCUCCCCCCCCACCCCCCCCUGGUACCCUGCUUCUGCCUGCUGUGCCCCCCCUGGUACCCUGCUUCUACCUGCUGGGCCCCCCCUGGUACCCUGCUGCUGCCUGCUGUACCCUCCCCCUGCCUGGUAUCCUGCUGCCUGCGGUGCCCCCCUUGGUACCCUUUGCUGCUGCUGUUGUGCCUCUGGCUGUCCCUGGUACCCUCCUGCUGUUGCUGCCUGCCCAGUGCUAUGAUCAGGAAGGAGAUAUCCAGGUCUUACCAGGAGUUAAGUGAAGAGAGAGAACAACCUCCGGAGGAUGAUAAAAUGCUGGAGGACCUGGAAGACGAGAUGGAUGACGCAAACUCCACAGAAGCACCAGAGCAAGAGCGGGACAGGGGCAGCCCCCCGGUGCGUUUCAGCCGGACCUGCCUGAAGAACGUCUUCUCCGUGCUGCUGAUCUUUGUCUACCUGUUGCUGAUGGGUGUAGCCGUGUUCCUGGUCUACCAAACCAUAGCCGACUUCAGGGAGAAGCUGAAACACCCGGUCAUGUCCGUCUCCUACAAAGAGGUGGACGUAUACGAGGCGCCCGGUAUCGCUCUGUACCCAGGGAAUGCCCAGCUGCUGAGCUGCGAGCACCAUCUCUACGACCAUAUCCCGCCGCUGAGGAAUCCGGGCCAGCCGGGAGACAAUCGCUGCGUCACUCAGAAGAUCAACUACACCGACCCUUUCACCAACCAGACCAUGAAGCACGCCCUCAUUAUUAAAGGACCCCGUGAGGUGAGGAAGCGAGAACUGGUCUUCCUGCAGUUCCACCUUAACGAGACGGAACAAGACUUCAGCGCUAUAGACUAUCUGCUCUUCUCUUCUUACAAGGACUUCCUAACCAGUGCAGACCAGAAGAAGUUCAUGCAGGACUGUGAGAGUUCCUUCUCCAGCUGGAAGUUCUCCGGGGGAUUCCGCACUUGGGUGAAAAUGUCCUUAGUGAAGACAACAGAGGAAGACGGGAGCGAGUCGGUGGAAUUCCGACAAGAGACUAGUGUGGUGAAUUACAUUGACCGGAGACCUACGACGGAGGAGGGAGACCAGUUAUUUUUUGUGGUUUUUGAAUGGAAAGAUCCCUACAUUCAGGAAAUUCAGGACAUCAUCACCGCCAACCCCUGGAGCAUGAUCGCCCUGCUCUGCGGGGUGUUCCUGGUUUUAUUUAAAGCCGCAGACUUUGCCAAGCUCAGCGUGAAGUGGAUGAUCAAAAUCCGCAAGCGGCACCUGAGGAAGAGGGCGCGGGAGCUGAACCACAUAAGCUGAGGUCGCGGAGGAGAGGUCGGGACGCCUCACCGUGUUACCGUAGGAGCACCGGGCCUGGACGCUGCUCCAUAACUUGUAUUGUUUGUUAGUUAGCUGUAAUAUAGAAGUAGAUUAUCAGGCGGCUGGUGCCGCCGCCAGUCCUCACCGGAAGGUGCGUUACGCAUUCUGCAGCACUGCCAGAUCACCGAAAUUGAAAAUGAUUCACGCACAAGGGAAAAACGGGAAAACAGAGGCGAUUUCUGCCGGGAAAGACCUCAGCAUCCCUGCAUCCUAAGGUAGAGCCGGACGGCGCGCUACAGCUGCUGGACAGGCAGAGAUCACAGGCUGCCGCCGGUUGUCCAAAUGUCAUAUUUAGCGUGGAAGAAGCCUGGCAGGAAACCGGAUGUGACUGUACUGCCGGUAAUGACUACUUAGCAUACGUAGGUCCGUUCUAGCCAGCGGUAACGUGAGUGAGCUAACAAAGGUCGGUCUGAUGUCGGCGUUUGUCGGUCACUGGGCAGAACGAGGCAUUUGUCCCAGUCACAGGCCACAAAGCUGCCCGAUACAGCUGCACCGAGGUAGGAGGUCCGGGGGCGGUGAGAGAACUGUAACGUUACAGACCGUGAUUAAUACCCUGCAAUAAUAUAUAGAUGCAGCACGGACAUUCAGUAUCUGCUACCUGCAGGGACCGCUGCUGGCGUCUUACAGAGCAGAUAAAUACGAGGGUGGUGCAAUACAUAAAGUAACAAGACGUCUCAUGGCGUAAAUAUAUUCACCUCGAACAUAUACAUACAAGAGGAAUGUCAGCUGCUGAUGUAGACGCAGAAAUCUGAUCAUACUGCGCACCUCAGUGUGUGACUAUAUCCCCGCCAGCCCCGCCAUCUUACACCUGAUGCUGGGACAGUAUGGCUGAUAUGAGGAGGAGUCUAAUGGCUGUGAGGGGAAGCAGUGGUCUACCUGCUCCAGCCUGGCGGGGAAUUAGACUGACAUAGAGAACAUUACACACGUGAGAGGACUUGUUACCUUUACUAAUUGCACCACCCUCGUAGGUGGAGAAUUGUUUUUUACAGGCUUCCAGAUGCAGUGAGACACCUGUAACAUAUUAUGUUGCUCAUACAGGGCCUGAGCCUGAGUCGCAGGUGGCACCGUUUGCGGCCACAUCUAGCGAAUAUUGGCAAACAGCGCAGUAGCGAAUGCUCCCAGCUUUGCGUAUCUCGUGUGAUUCUAAAGUGCCCGUAUGUUUCCGCAUCGUUGUGCGCACGCAGAGAACCGUUUCCGUGGAGUGUCUUGAUCGUGUAGCCAGAGUUCCGUGCUAUUCUGAGUUGUGCGUAUGGCGUAGGGAGGCCUGUGUCUGACAAAUCUCCUGCACCCAGCAGAAGGAGCGGAAAUGCCGGUACUAAUGAGGACGCUUGCGACCACGGAUGGAGAAAACUGUGCGCGGUGCAACCAUGCGCCCUCAUUAGCAUACGGUUCUGGCUGCAGCUGCCGCCCAGACCUGUGCCCGCUUUGCGUGUGACUCAGAAUCAGGCACACACUGAGCAAUUAUUACCCCCUGUGAUCUCCGUACCCAAUCACGGUACAGCCCUGCUGGAGCAAAUUUGAUUCCGUAUGGAAGGAAAUCCAUUUUGAAGAUGGUUCCGCGUGCACAGUCACGCAAAGGUAGUGCGGCGUGUGAAUAUCGCAGCUUUUAAUAACGCAGCCUGCAGAGAUCUACCACGGAUUUAAAGGGAGCGUCACCCAUUAUUCUAUGGGAGUCACCGGUGGGUAAUAAGAUGAUUUGCAAACAAUGUUUUUUCUGCAGCUCUUUGUGGAAAUAAAGCAAAUCUCUGUAGGGUGUAACGUUGUACGAGGGGGUACUCUGGCCCGUCACCUCACCCUCCCAGCCCGGACCCCUGUCUGUCCAGCUGUGCACAUAGCGUCUUUCUUAAGAGAAAAAAAAACAAAAACAUUUUGGGCACAGUUUAGAAUGUUUUAACUCUUUAGGUAACCACAAACAUUCCAUGUUUCCAGUUUGUUAUAAUCCUAUAUCGUAUUUGGAUUUCGGAGAGGUUGCAUCACUGCUUUGAAAAUUAAAUAUGUUGCUACAAUUAAAAGAAGUCAGCACCAACAUUGUAGGAAUUGCACAUAUUAUUUGUAGCCAGCAGGGGUCAGUGAUACCAGCUAGCUACGGCUAUACGAGGAGAUUGCAACAGUGCUACCCGCAGGCUAACUAGAUACUGCACUCAGAGGCAAGAGGCAAAGUAAUGAGGCAGUUCCUGGCUCUCGUAAACAAUUUGGAGUAAAUUAAGUGAAAACAAGAAGUAUUUUAGGAGAAACACUGAACAUGUUUAAGAGCGACACACAGAAUUGUCCUAUCUACCUCCCUGAGAGCACAAACAAGCAAAGAAUAAUGCUUGGUACCAAUAUAAAUAAGUAGCGUCACCCACAGGGAGGGGUUUGUCUGAAGCAGAACAAAAAAUCUGAUGGGGAAAAAUUGUUAAUACGUCACCAAAAAGGUUUAGUGUAACUUAUAUUUAAUAUAAAAUUUAUUUUUUGAUGUUUGUUUUUAAAACAGGAAUGUUACCGUCAGUUUUCACAAAACACAUGGAGAGGUUCCACUGCAUAAAAAAAUGUGAUCAAUCGUCUUGUAAGAAACAGUCACAAGUCUGCGUUAUUCCUGUAUCUACUGUUACUUUUUUUUUAUCUGUUAUUUUUUUUCAAAAUAAAUUUUUUAAUGUGGCUAA